CUGAGAGAAGUUGAGUCUCUCUGUUUGUCUCGGAAGAAAAAGUUUAUUUACUCUUUGCUCAACAACACAGCAGAGUCUCUGCCAGACACUGUGUAGAUAUGGCUGCUGCCAGCUGUCUGCUGACUGAAGAUCAGUUUCUGUGCUCCAUCUGUCUGGAUGUGUUCACUGAUCCAGUCACCAUACCAUGUGGACACAACUUCUGUAAAACCUGCAUCACUGAACACUGGAAUAGUAAUGUCCAGUGUCAGUGUCCCAACUGUAAAGAGGUUUUUAACACAAGACCUGAGCUGAAGGUCAAUACUUUCAUCUCUGAGAUGGCUGCUCAGUUCAGACAGUCAGCUCAACAGAAAGCCAGCAGCAGCAGCUCAGAGCAACAAGUUUCCAAACCAGGAGAAGUUCCCUGUGACGUCUGCACUGGAACUAAACUGAAGGCCCUGAAGUCCUGCCUGGUGUGUCUGGCCUCCUACUGUAAGACUCACCUGGAACCUCAUCUGACAGCUUCACGUCUGCAAAGACAUCAGCUGAUCGACCCUGUGGAGAACCUGGAAGGCAGGAUGUGUACGAAGCACGAUAAACUGCUGGAGCUGUACUGUAAGACCGACCAGAUGUGUGUCUGCAUGCUCUGCACCUAUUCAGACCACAAGACACACAAUGUUGUUCCCUUGAAAAAUGAAUAUGAAGUAAUAAAGGUCAAGCUGGGGAAGACAGAGGCUGAAAUUCAGCAGAUGAUCCAGAAGAGGCAACUGAAGAUUCAGGAGAUCAAACACUCAGUGGAGCUCAGUAAGGAAGGUGCAGACAGAGAGAUAGCAGAUGGUGUUCAGGUCUUCACCGCUCUGAAGGAGUCUGUUGAGAGAAGCCAGGCUGAGCUCAUCGACACGAUCAAAGAGAAGCAGAGAAAGACAGAGAAACAGGCUGAAGACUUCAUCAAAGAGCUGGAACAGGAAAUCUCUGAGCUGAAGAAGAGAAGCUCUGAGGUGGAGCAGCUCUCACAGUCUGAAGACCACCUCCACCUCCUUCUAAGCUUGGUGUCCCCGAACGCUGCUCCACCCACCAAGAACUGGACAGAAGUCGGCGUCCGUCCACCUUCAUAUGAGGGGACUGUGGUGAGAGCUGUGAAUCAGCUGGAGGAGACGCUCAGUAAACAGAUGAAGAAGCUGUUUGAGGUCGAGCUGAAGAGGGUCCAGCAGUAUGCAGUGGAUGUGACACUUGAUCCUCAUACAGCACAUCCCAACCUCAUCUUGUCUGAUGAUGGGAAACAAGUUAAACAUGGUGAUGUAAAGAAGAAUCUCCCAGACAACCGAGAGAGAUUUAAUUAUUGUGUCCGUCUCUUAGCAAAGCAGAGUUUCUCUUCAGGAAGAUUUUAUUACGAGGUUCAGGUUAAAGGGAAGACUGACUGGAUUUUAGGAGUGGCCAGAGAGUCGAUCAACAGGAAGGGAAUGAUUGCAACAAGUCCUCAGAAUGGUUACUGGACGAUAUGGUUGAAGAGUAAAACUGAGUAUGAAGCUCUUGCUGGCCCUCCAGUCCGUCUCUCUGUGAAGUCUGAGCCUGAGAAGGUGGGGGUGUUUGUGGAUUAUGAGGAGGGUCUGGUCUCCUUUUAUGACGUUGAUGCUGCAGCUCUUAUCUACUCCUUUACUGGCUGCUCCUUCACUGAGAAACUCUACCCACAAAUUGGUCCCGGUUCUCAUAAUGGUAGUAAAAACUCUGCCCCACUGAUCAUCUGUCCUGUCAAUCACACUGAGUAAAACAACCAUUUGAUUUUAUACAGAAAGAUUCACAUAAUUUAAUAGAAUAAAUGUAUAUAAUAAUAAUAAUAAUACAUUCAAUUUAUAGAGCGCUUUUCAAGAAACUCAAAGACACUUCACAUAAGUUAAAAACGAAAAUAAAGGUAAUAAAAAGCAACACACUAAGAUACAGAUAAGAUAUAAGAUAUAGAAUAUUUAACAGUGAUACAACAUUCAGUUUGGGUUAUUUUUUCCAGAUUCUUUUCAAUGUAAAUGUAAAAGUUAUUAUUAUAACACACCAAUUUUACACACUCUCAUCAUUUUAUGUAAUAGACUUGGUGGUGUACGUGUAUACAGCAUUGUUUUGAGAAAAAGAACAACUUUCUUGUAUGCACAUUGUUAAGAUGAUAUUAUACUUGUACCCAGGGAUGACUGGUAUGUAUGGGCCAACAGGGCUAAGCCCCCCCUAUCUUUUACAGUAAAGAUGAAAAGCUAAGAAAACCUUAGAACAUAUUGUUUGGAAUUUUGGUAGAACCUAGAGCAGCAACAGCACCAAACAGUGACAGAAAAAACCCAGGAUAUAUGAUCUAUCUUGGGUUUUUCCUGUGAAUGGGCAAAAUUUAUUCAGCCCAAGCACAGUAGCGUAAGCUUCCAUUAACUUUUGAUUGACAGGUGUCCUGACACGCCCCCUUCAUAUGCUGCCCAUUUGGGCUAAAUUAAUUCAGCCCAAAGGCUGACCUUUGACCAAUCACAGCGCAGUAGCUACAGUACAGUGACCUUUGACCAAUCACAGCGCAGUAGCUACAGUACAGUGACCUUCGACCAAUCACAGCGCAGUAGCUACAGAACAGUGACCUUCGACCAAUCCCAGCGCAGUAGCUACAGUACAGUGAGGCUAGUUCGUAGUAUGGCGAACAUGAACGAGGUGGAUUAUUUACUUUCUAAUCAAUUUUCUUUAAAGUUAUUGGAGGAAAAAUUGGAAGUACAGAGAUUGGGAACACAUCAUCCAAAUGAUGUACAAAUAGCACAAAGGACAAACGACAAAAUCGUAAUUUUUUGUUAAGUGGUUUCAGUGAACAGACUGGCUAACAGCAAGUGUAGGUAGGAAUUCACUUUUCUGUUUCCCAUGUUUGCUGUUUGGAGGAGACUCGGUUUGGACCCAACAAGGAAUUGUGGAUUUAAAAUAUUUAUCUGACAAAAUUAGGAAACAUGAAAGCAGCACGAGCCACAAUGGAAAUAGCGUAAAGCUGUGAUUGCUGGGUAAAGUGAACAUCGCCUGUCAGCUUAAUGAGGGUCACCGCAUCCUGUACAGAGACACAACGAGAACAUUUUGAGAAAGCCAGGCACUUGUUGUCUUUGCAUGUGACCAUUACCCAAUGAUCUGCAGGGAGAAACUGAAAGGUGAGCUGAUGGUGAGGUACAGCAGGGUGGAGUCUGACAUGGUGAUUAACCUGUUAACCUGUCGGCGUUUUAAAUAAGGUAUGCCCAAUCUCUGAAACAGCUCUCUCUUAUACAAAUGAAAUUAAUUCAUUAUCAUUUUGGUUUUAUAGAUUUAUUUUUGGUACAUGGUGUUACAAAUUGUUGCUGGUACUUUUCUAUAAUGUUGUUGUAGCGCAAUUGGCAUGUGCUGAUGUGUACAGAGAAGAGAGAGAGAGAGAGAGAGAGAGAUUUUUUGGCAUCAGGUCGUUCUUUUGGGUUUGUCUCUCCAGUGUUGCCGUAGAGCACUUGCUAUAACAAAGUAUACAAUGUUGUUGCUGUAACUUCAUGUGAUGCUAUACUGUUGCUGCUGUGUUAGCCCACCCACCCAAAAUCUCCACCAGCUGUCACUGCUUGUACCUAUAUACCUAUAUAUGUUUGUCCUGUGCAAUUAUAUUUAUUUCUAUACUGUGCAACUGCCUUCUGCUGUGACCUGUGCAAUGUUCCAUCAAUCCCAUCUGUGUCAGAAAGUGUAUAUACUGUAUAUUAUAACUCUCUUUCUUUUUUAUUUCCAUGGUAUCUUAUAAUUCUCUAUUUUAUUUUUAUUUAAUCUAUAUUUUCUUAUCUAUUGUGUUGUGUUGUAUCUGGAGCUGCUGUAACUAGAUAAUUCCCCCAGUGUGGAAUCAAUAAAGUCUAUCUUAUCUAA